CUGUGGCCGACUCGGGUUCCGCGGGCGGCGGAGCGGGCGCGCGCUCCGGGGGUCGCGCGGCUGCCGAGAAGGGCGAGCGCGCGCGGGGAGGGAGUGGAGGCGUAGGGGGGCGGGGGUACGGCUCGCUCGCUCGCAAGAUGGCGGACGAGGACGGGGAAGGGAUUCACCCCUCAGCCCCUCACAGGAACGGAGGUGGCGGCGGCGGUGGGGGCUCUGGGCUCCACUGCGCGGGGAACGGCGGCGGGGGAGGCGGCGGCCCGCGGGUCGUGCGCAUCGUCAAGUCCGAGUCUGGCUACGGCUUCAACGUGCGGGGCCAAGUGAGCGAGGGCGGGCAACUGCGGAGCAUCAACGGGGAGCUGUACGCGCCGCUGCAGCAUGUGAGCGCCGUGCUGCCCGGGGGGGCGGCCGACCGGGCCGGGGUGCGCAAGGGGGACCGCAUCCUGGAGGUGAACGGCGUGAAUGUUGAGGGGGCGACACACAAGCAGGUGGUGGACCUGAUCCGAGCAGGCGAGAAGGAAUUGAUCUUGACAGUGUUGUCUGUGCCUCCACAUGAGGCAGAUAACCUAGAUCCCAGUGAAGACUCGUUGGGACAAUCAUUUUAUGAUUAUACAGAAAAGCAAGCAGUGCCCAUAUCGGUCCCCACAUACAAACAUGUGGAGCAGAAUGGUGAGAAGUUUGUGGUAUACAAUGUUUAUAUGGCAGGGAGGCAGCUGUGUUCUAAGCGGUACCGGGAGUUUGCUAUCCUACACCAGAACCUGAAGAGAGAGUUUGCCAACUUUACAUUUCCCCGACUUCCAGGGAAGUGGCCAUUCUCUUUAUCAGAACAGCAAUUAGAUGCCCGACGUCGGGGGUUGGAAGAAUAUCUAGAAAAAGUAUGCUCAAUACGUGUCAUUGGUGAGAGUGACAUCAUGCAGGAAUUCCUAUCAGAAUCAGAUGAGAACUACAAUGGUGUGUCCGACGUAGAACUGAGAGUAGCAUUACCAGAUGGAACAACAGUUACAGUCAGGGUUAAAAAGAACAGUACUACAGACCAAGUGUAUCAGGCUAUUGCAGCAAAGGUUGGCAUGGACAGUACAACGGUGAAUUACUUUGCCUUAUUUGAAGUGAUCAAUCAUUCCUUUGUACGUAAGCUGGCACCUAAUGAAUUUCCUCAUAAACUCUACGUCCAGAAUUACACAUCAGCUGUGCCAGGCACCUGCCUGACCAUUCGAAAGUGGCUUUUUACGACAGAAGAAGAAAUCCUCUUAAAUGACAAUGACCUUGCUGUUACCUACUUUUUUCAUCAGGCCGUUGAUGAUGUGAAAAAAGGUUAUAUCAAAGCAGAGGAAAAGUCCUACCAGUUACAGAAGCUGUAUGAACAAAGGAAAAUGGUCAUGUAUCUCAACAUGCUGAGGACUUGUGAGGGCUACAAUGAAAUCAUCUUCCCCCACUGCGCCUGUGACUCCAGGAGGAAGGGGCACGUUAUCACAGCCAUCAGCAUCACGCACUUUAAACUGCAUGCCUGCACUGAAGAAGGACAGCUGGAGAACCAGGUAAUAGCAUUUGAAUGGGACGAGAUGCAGCGAUGGGAUACGGAUGAAGAAGGAAUGGCUUUCUGCUUCGAGUAUGCGCGAGGAGAGAAGAAGCCUCGAUGGGUUAAAAUCUUCACACCAUAUUUUAAUUAUAUGCACGAAUGCUUUGAGAGGGUGUUCUGUGAGCUCAAGUGGAGAAAAGAGGAAUACUAGUUAGAGACUGGUUAUUCUUCCAGCCUUUGGAUGCUGAAUAGACUAUACGAGAAAAGCCCUGCUUCUUCCUCUGUCUAGAGGGUAGCUGUUGGCUGCAGGCUGUUCCACCUCCUGUGACUUCAUGGACCCUCCUCUGCCUGGUUUUUGUUUUUGUUUUUUAAUCCAAUCACUGCCUAUGUUGUUCCUGACCCAGAAGGGCAGCUGUCCCCAGUUUUAGCUGUUCUGACUAGAUGACUCCUGACAGUGCCCGUCGGGGCUAACCAGGAAUGCAUGUGUGUGGGAAGGUUUCCACUAUUGCUUUACUGCUGUCCUUAUGCCAGUGCUGGAGAAUUCGGAAGAUUCUGAAUAAUUAGCUACUUAUUCUCAAAGAAAAUGUUUCUGAAGUUCAGAAGGUAAAGUCAAGAACAUGAAAUUCAAAUUCUUGGUAUAGAACACCAGGCUCUGAGAAUCAGACGACGAUUCUCUCCCAGCAUUUUUUCUCCCUGCAGUGUUGGGCAAGUAAGCCUCCCCUAGAUCUCAGUUUUCUCAUCUGUAAAAUGGGAAGGCUGAACCAGAUUAUUAAUAGUUAAGCUCCUCUCUGGGUCUAAAAGGCUAUGCUUCCACAUGGGAAGUUGUAGCAGAGGUGGAGGCCAGUGAGGUGGAGUCAUCCAGCCAUGCGUCUGUGUGUCUGUCUGAGGCUGGCCUCCAGAAGGGGAGAGAUGCAGAUACCUCAGGCUUCCCAGUGACUGUUUUCUGUUUUCCUUUCAGAACAUUUUCCGGAUGGCGAGGUCACAGCAGAGGGAUGUGGCCACCUAGCCUUCCCUCACCCCUCCUCUUCACCCUCAUCCUCUCACCCCUUCCGUCUCCUGUGUCAGAGUAACCAUUAACACAAAAGAAGAGAAAAAGGAAAAAAAGUCAUUAUGUUCAAAAGCCCUAAACUAAAUACUAUUAAUAAUC